GGUCGAAUACUUAGUAAACGAAUUAAACGUCAACAUGAAAAAGCUAAAAAAUAUAUAUAUGAUGAAGAUGGUAUUAUUAUUGAAAAAAUAUAUACUAAAAAGCGAAAAAUCAACAAGUUUAAUUAUCAAUAUGAAGAAUUAAAAAAUAUAGAACAAAAAGAACUAGAUUUAGAACUUUAUAACAGUUCAGAAUUAAAACUAUUAAAUCAAUUUGAACAAUAUAAAAAAUUAGAAUUAUAA